GGGGGAACAGUGUUUGGGCCAACGGGAUAUCAGGCCACAAUUCCAAGGGAAGGAACUGUCACAUUUGCUGUUGUUAUAGUAAUUGAUGAAACAUUCGUGCCCGAUCUCCAGAACGUGAAUAGUUUGGCUUUCAAAAAUAUGACAAAAAGAUUCCUCGAAUUCUUGAUUCCAUUAUACCAAAAUAGAACUGGUUUUCUCGGCAUUAUCUUUAUUUCAUAUUCCCGGGGAAGUGUUGUUGCAAAUAUUGAAAUAUUAUAUAAUUCCACCGAAGCAAUUCCGACUGUUGAGGAAGUUCGAUCUCUAAUCGCUGAAGCAAGAGAUAAUGGAUCUGCGCCGUUCACUAUUUCGAGUUUAAAAGUCACGAGAAAGGGCGAGUCACAAGAUGGAUUCGAAGCUUGGAAGAUUGGUGUCGCUGUUUGUUUUGCUUUCGUACUUCUUCUUCUUAUUUUUAUUUCAGCUGUGGUGAGUAUUAGUUUUAUGUUGGGAAGGUUAAAUGCAGGCAGUAAUAAAAUGAUCUGCUUAUAAGAUUGCUUAUUGAUACCCUUUUGAUAGUGUCGCCAUUAGCCUAUACAUUAGGCCUAUGUCAACAGUAACAAGACAAAAAAGACAAUACAGCUAAAGAAUAAAUUUUGUGUGGAAGGAGGAACAAAUACGGUUUCCUUUUCUUCCAGUUUGUGCAAAACCAAUCACAAAACAUGAUUAGGCCUAUUUUAGGUUAAUAUUUCCUUUAUUUACACUUUUGGAGCAUAGAAAAGGUGUAAAAUUGUAAUUGAUUGACACGCAUUGAAAUGAACAUUAAACUGCCUUUUCGAAUUCCGUUCGAAUGUUUAGAAGAUUGUUACAUACAAUGUCAAUGUGAACCAAAAAAAUUGUUCCCUGACUGCAACCCUACAUGAUAGUUAUUUAUUGACACAUUUAUUUAUGAACGUUUUCUAUAUUAAUUCCAUACCACACAAAACAACACCAAUCGUAACACACCUCAUCAUACGCAAAAAUAUCUUGGAUAAAAUAUCCUCCCAUGAUAAAUCUAUGUCCAAACUAUUUUCGUAUCCCUCCACUUUUGAUAUUUCGAAAACGAAUGCAAAUUUAUUAUUUAGAUACUCGACCAAAAAUAGUGAGUUAAACAGUCUGUACUACAAUAGCAUUUGUGAUUUCAAUGGAAAGUAUCUGUAAAAAAAAUUUGUUCACGGGAAGUGCUUUUGUAUUGCGUUUUGCUCGCUCAUUACAUUCACUAUAGUUCGCUUUGUGAAAACAAAUUGACGUGUGCAAAAAUACCACAUGCCGGACUUGCCAUGAAGAAUUGUUUUUUCCUACAUCCACCCUGACGUUUCUGAGUCGUUUCCAGAACCUUUCAAUGGAGAACGAUGUGUUUUCAUAUUUUGCAAGUAGUAUGUAUCUAUUUUGUCGUUAAUUAUGAAACGAUCUUCUAGGAAAUUGCUUUUUUGAUUGCAGGUUAUUGUUAAUGGACGCAAAGGAAAAAAGCAGGCACGGUAUAAUUUGAAAGAUCGUAGAAAUAGCUUCGACUUGGAUUUUGAUCUCUUUUCCUCUGAUGGUGAUAAAUCUAAUGGCAUUCCGGUAAGAAUUACAUGCAUGUCCUAUUUUAAUUUACAAACAUUUGAAAAUAUUUGAAAACGAUAACCCUUCGGGGCUCGUAGCUCCUAUUUUUGAAUGGGCCGUUUUUUACAUAUACCACACAAGUUACUAUAACUAUAAUUACAUAAAUGCAAUGACCAAACAAUAUAACAAAACAUAAUAGUAUAUUAUAAAAAUAACAAAAAUAUUAAUAUAUUUGCAUGCUGUAAUAAUUCAUGAGGAAAACACAAAGAAAAAUCAUAAGCGUGUCGUAUGUUAAUAUGUGAUAGAGAUUUCCCUUGAUUUACAUAAACUUUAAGUAGUAUUUAAAACACGAGAAGGAGUGUUUUAUCAUAUUUAAAACGCGAGGCGCAGCCGAGCGUUUUAGAUAUGAUAAAACACGAGUUCGAGUGUUUUGAAUAGCUUAAAAUACGACAACAAAAGAAUACAUAUUAGGAUGAACAAUUAUAUAAUCAUACUAAUUAGGAUGAACAAUUAUAUAAAGAAUACUAAUGAAGAUGAGUUUUAUCAGAUAUAAAGUCACUCCACGUGACAUAUUAUGGCUGACAUGAUUUGCCAUGCACAAGCUAGAUUUAUGAAUUUUUAAUGAGUAUUUUAACUUUGUUUGCACAACGUAUUUUUUGAGAAUUACUUCGCCAAUGAACUUACUAGAUCCACCGUUUUGAAGCAAUUUAAAACAUUCGCAUGCAGUGUGUGUUUUAUCAGACCUAAAGAUACUGGCUUCGCAUCGUUUCUUUACAUCUGAUAAAACACUGUCUGCUGCUCAUGUUUUAAAUAGUACUUAAAUUUAUUAACAAUAUUUACAAAGAUAAUGUUAAAUCAUGUAGGUGCCGUAGAGAAUGCAUAUAAAUAAAUUUCUUAAGGCUCAUGCCUUUUUCUUCGGCUGUAUGCUCUUCUUCAUAAAGUUUGUUUCUAGCUUUCCAGGUACAUAAUUGCUGUUAUGACUUCAGGUACAUAAUUGCUGUUAUGUAUCAAUAUGUAUUGUGUAUAUAGAGAAUCUAGGAAGAAGUUAUAUUAAUAAAGUUUUUAUUAUCAUUAUUAUUAUCAUGUUAUCAUAUUAUCGUAUUUUAUUAACACUGGUUCUUACUUCUUUUUCUAGAAUUACGCAGAGUCAUUUGAAAUGGACGAGAGACGCGACAUUUAUAUGUAAUCAAAAAAUGAGAAGCCCACAUUGGCGAAGUAAAACUAGAAACUGCACCAAAUGUAGAAACAAAUUGUCUGAAGAUUUGUAAUCCAGGCACAACAUUAUGUAUGGAUUACAAAUCUUCUGACAUAUUUGUUGAAGUUAUCCAGGUUAAAAAGAUAACUUUUAUCGAACAUUCAGCACGGUUCGUCGAAACCUAUAUAUUCACAGCACUUCGCACAAGCACGAAUAUACUUAUUAACUUUAACAUUGCCAUGUAAAGGGCAUGAAAUAUUAUGCAUGCAGUACCCUACCUCCAAAUCAUUACUUUCUUGCAUAUAUAAGUGCAAAUAUGGAGGUGGUGGAAGCAUGGUAGGUCGAAAUACCUUGGCCAGUCACGUGCACACACAUAGAAACGCAGAUGUUUCGUCUUCGUUUGUGUUAGCACGAAAUUUCAAAAACUAUCAAACGUAUAUUCAAACGAAGAUUUGUGCGACUAAUGGACAUUGUUCAUGGACAAAUCUAUUUAAUUUUGGUUAAAUUUGGAUGAAAGUUGGUUGGAAAAUUACAAAAAGUUUGCCUUGCUUUUUCGGGAGAAUGCCAUGCAAUUGCCUCCGUGGUGUAUUAAAUUUAUGUAUAUGAUACAUAACUUUAUUUGUUGGUGGAGGUACGAAGCCUACGAGUGCCCUUUCGCGCAAAAGUGAACAUAAACUUGUUGCUUUACAUAUAUCGAUUGUUAUUGAUUUUUGUUGUCAUAUGAAUGAUUUGCAGUAUUGCACAAUUUCUAUAUGGUAGGCUACGUUAUUUUAUUGAAAUUAUCUUAGCGUGCCUGUGACUUUUUUAUGAAUUAUGAAUUUUUAUCGUUUUCUCCGAAGGUAAAGCAUAUCAAACCUGGCAAGUUAAGCCGCCUGCAAGUUAAACCUUCUGUUUUAUAAAUCUUCUGUACUACAUAACGAUAGAAAACUCAGUAUCUAUCAUAUAUAACAAUAGAAAACUCAGUAUCUAUUAUAUAACAAUAGAAAACUAUCAUUCAAUUUGUUCAUGAGAAGCUGCUUUUGUAUAUUGUAUUUUCGUAAUUAUAUUUCCC